CUGGGGAGCACGGGGCUGGGCAUGGGGGCGGUGGGCAACGGACAAACGGACACGGGGACAAACGGCCCCGGAGCUUCAGUUGCUUCAGUUGCAGCAGCAGCAGCAGCAGCGAAAGAAGCAGUUUUGUCGAGUCCCUCUUGCAUCUCCUCUUCCUCUCCCGCUGUCCUGCAGCCUCUCCCGCUCUCCCUUUCCCGGUGUCCCCUCCUCUCCCAGUCUACCUCUCCCCCUGCCCGGCUGGGCCAUGCCCCAGGCCCACCCCGGGCCCCGGGCGGGGCUGCCCCGUCCCCGUACCCGGCCGUCCCGCCGCAGUCUCCCGGGCCCUGCAGAGGACACAGGCGGCACGGCCGCUCCCGCCGCCUCCGCUGCGGCUUCCCCGGCCCGAGCUCCGCCGCUCGGCAGUGCGGCCGCUGGCCCCGAGCCACCGCUGUCCCAUUGCCAGGAGCAAACGCCUGGGGAUGGCUGGCCCGGGCCGGUCAGAGGGCACUCGGGGGCCGCUCCUGGCCCCGGGCCGAGCGCUGAAAGCCGCGUCCUGCCCCCAGGGAAGGCGCAGCAGGCCCUGCAGGAGUGGUACCGGCUGGGUUCGCUGCUGGGCCACGGCGGCUUCGGAAGUGUCCUCGCGGCCACGCGGCUCUCGGACGGCGCCCCGGUGGCCAUCAAAAGGGUGCUGCGGGAUCGCAUCCGGCACUGGGGCGAGCUGCCCGACGGCACCAGCGCACCCCUGGAGAUCGUGCUGCUGGCCAAGGUGUCCUCUGGCUGCACUGGUAUCAUUCAGCUCCUGGAGUGGCUUGAGCUCCCUGACAGCUUCUUGCUGGUGCUGGAGCAUCCGGAGCGGUGCCAGGACCUGUCGGGUUUCCUGGCGGAGCGGAGGUUCCUGCCGGAGGAGGAGGCGCGAGGGCUGUUCUGCCAGGUGCUGGAGGCCGCGCGGCACUGCACCAGCUGCGGGGUCCUGCACAGGGACACCAAGCCCCAGAACAUCCUGCUCGACCUGGCCACCGGGCACAUGAAACUGAUUGACUUUGGCUGUGGCGCUUUCCUCCAAGACACAGCCUACACCCAGUUUGCAGGAACCCUGUCCUACAGCCCACCAGAGUGGAUCCACCACCAACGCUACCACGGCGAGGCAGCGACGAUCUGGUCCCUGGGCCUCCUGCUGUACCACCUGGUCAUGGGGAAGCACCCGUUCAGGAGGAGCCAGGAGAUCAUCUGGGGGCAGAUCUUGUUCCCACAAUGGCUCUCUCAAGAAUGCCAGGAUAUCAUUAAGAGGUGUUUGUCCAUGCAGCCCUUGGACAGGCCAUCCUUAGAAGAGCUUUUCUGCGAUCCUUGGGUGCGGGGUGUUCCUCUGCCCUAGAGGAUGGGAGAGUUCCCCGUGCACAGUUGGAUCCAGGGGCCUGGCAGGUAACAGCUCCACGCAUCUCUUGGCAAUCAGUGGCAAAGCCAACCAGACAGGUUUUGUCCUGCCUGUAGCUCUGAGCAGGGGUCAGCAGAAGGAAACAGCUCUUGGGCUGGAGCUGAGCUGGAGACCUGGUGUGGCAAGCACUGGCAGCUACCAUCCUUCGGGUUUUGCUUGUUCUGGUUCACUGACAGCUGGAGCCCUGGGAAGAACCCUGAGAGCCUGGUUUGGCCCCAGGGAAGCAGAAGGAGCUCCUGGAGAAGCUGUACCAGGUAGGGCUGCUGCUGGGGCUGGGGCAGCCAGCCCGACACAAACCAACCCCCAUGGUGGGACCACAGGUAGGACUUCAGAACCUGUGCAGGGGCUGAUUUGCUUUGCCGGCAAGGAAGGGCUUUGGUUGCUCCACUGCCCUUGUUUGCUUUGGGAUCACCGUUAUUUUGGGGGGCAGUGCAGGGGGGAAGGGAGAAAGCCUGGGCUUCCCUCACCUGUGGGUGGGUUUUUCCCUAGCAUGCAGGGGUUGGGCCUUCCUUAAGCCCCUGACAGAGUGUCCAAGACUGAGCACCAAGAUGUUUCCUAUUACCAUCCGAGUAGCAGUUGCAUCUGGACAGUUUUCCUUAUCUCCUGUUAAUAGGCCCAUCAAUGUCUUGCCACAUGACUCAGAGAUAACACUCUCCAGGAGCCAGUUCUGUUUACCAGGUUUCCGAGAAGACACAGCAACCACAUCUGCCACUCCAGGAGGACUGCAGCCACUCCAAUUUGGACUGCUACCAGCACGCUGGCCAAAGGGGUGUCAGGUUGUAUUCUGACUUUGUCAGUGGUCUUCCUUUUGUAUCACUGCAUGUAUUUUUGUCUUUUUUUCCCUUUUCCCAAUAAAUUGUAUUUCUGACUUGGAGUCUCUCACUGGUUUUGCUUUCAAACCAGAACACAAAGAUACGAUUUUUGACCUUUUUUCUUGUUUCCCCUUUUUGUCUGUAAUCUAUUUUGAAUAAUUUGUUUUUUUUCUAGAGGAAGCGUUCUAGGUGGGGUCCAGUCUGGAUUGGGAAGUGCUUGGGAGCAGCGGCACCGUGGAUGGGCCGUGCCCUUGGAGAAGGCUGAGGACAUCGUUUGGGACCAGCUUUUCUUCCAGUGGUGGAUGGCGUCAGGUGGGUCCCAUCUGCUUGGCAUGGUGGGAUCAGAGCUUUGGGGAGAUGGCAGCGAGCACAGGAGCAUCCUGCUCUGGGCAGCUGCUGAGGGCUGGAUGUGCCGUGGCUGACUGCAGGCUGGGCACAUGUCCUGCCCUCCUGCUCUGCUGCCAAAGGCAGCAGUGAUGGGCAGCUCUGGGCACCGCUCUGGGCACGGCCAGCAUGGCCUGGGCACCGCGGGCGGCUGGGACAAGGGGACAGGAGCCUUCAGCUG